AUGAGCCGGCGACGAAAUCAACAACAACAAGUGAUUGAUCCAGCGGAAUUGGAUAUUCCCCAGCUUGAGCAAUUCAAGGGAGGGCUACAAGCUGAGCUUCAGAGCAUUCAAGGGGCGAUUCAAGAAAUGAGCCAAGCAAAUGAAUCCUUGAUGAUGGCUCAACUUUCAUGCGAUCAAGUCAAGGACACGAUUCUUGAAAAAGAUCUUGAUGUCAUGGUCCCAAUGACAAAUUUUCUCUUCGUCAGAGGAAAGCUGAUUCCCGAAGCAGACGUCAUGGUCGAUCUUGAAAUGAUAGAAAUGAGCCCUGAAAAAGCCACCGAACAUUUUUCUCGUCGCGGUGAAAGCCUCAAAACACAUCUUAGCCGGGUCGGAGAAACAAUGAGCGUAAAGGAAAUCCAAUUCAUCAGAAUCUCCAAAGAGCUUGAAGAGCGAAUGCAACAACUUUCUAUUCAAAACAAGAUGAAUUUUCUGGAAUAA